AUGUCUUGCUCUAAGAAGUCCUGCGAGGGCUGCUCAUGCCCCAGCAAUCCGCAACAGCCUAUUCAAAUCGAAGACUGCAUUAGCGAGCUGCAGGCUCUUCGACGACGCAAUCAAGAGCUAGAGACUCGACUCGGUCUCAAUUCAGAACAAGAGGUAGCAAAAAUCACAAAGAAGCCCGGUCGCACCCUGCGGUCGGCAGCAUGGUUCGAUUGUCGCAGCGAUCCCGGCAUGACGGCCAUUUACAUGGAGCGGUAUUUCAAUUUCGGCAUCACGCGGGAAGAAUUGAUGUCCGGCAAGCCGAUGAUCGGAAUUGCGCAGUCUGGAUCCGACAUUGCACCUUGUAAUCGACACCACAUUGAGCUGGCCAAGCGCGUCCGCGAGGGCAUUCGCACUGCCGGCGGUAUCGCCAUUGAAUUCCCCACUCAUCCCAUUCAAGAGACAUCGAGACGGCCAACUGCCACGCUAGACCGGAAUUUGGCUUAUCUCACUCUUGUGGAGAUUUUGACUGGUUAUUUCCUCGAUGGCGUUGUUCUUUUGACAGGAUGUGACAAGACAACUCCAGCAUGCUUGAUGGCUGCUGCCACCGUGAACAUCCCAGCGAUCUGUAUGAACGUUGGUCCUAUGCUGAAUGGCUAUGCCAAGGGCACUCUAGUGGGAUCUGGUGCUGUUCUAUGGAAAGGACGAGAGAUGUAUGCCACGGGCGAAAUUAACGAAGACCAGUUUAUGGAUUACAUUUCCCAAAGCACUCCAUCUGUUGGACACUGCAAUACAAUGGGAACUGCAUCCACAAUGAAUGCUCUCGCAGAAGCCCUGGGCAUGGCCCUCCCAGGAUCCGCAGCUAUUCCUGCCGCGUAUCGCCACAGAGCCCAGUGUGCCUACGAGACCGGUAAACGGAUCGUGGAAAUGGUCAACAUUGACAUGAAACCAAGCGACUUGAUGACCCGCGAAGCAUUCGAGAAUGCGAUUGUGGCAAACGGAGCGAUUGGUGGUAGUACUAAUGCCCCCAUCCAUCUCAAUGCUAUUGCCCAACAUAUGGGUGUUGAGUUGUCCAUGGACGAUUGGGACACCAUUGGAUCGCGUAUCCCUCUUCUAUUGAACAUGCAGCCCUCGGGUGAAUAUCUUGGAGAGGAGUAUUUCCGCGCAGGAGGUCUCCCUGCUAUCAUGGCAGAGCUCCUGGACGCAGGCAAGCUGAACGGAGAUGCUUUGACUUGCAACGGUCGCACAAUUGCCGAGAAUGUUCGUGAUCAGCAUUCCUGGGACCGCCGUGUCAUUCGUCCCUAUGAUGAUCCCUUGAUGAAGGAUGCAGGCUUUGUCCAUCUCAAGGGCACACUCUUCGACUCCGCCAUCAUGAAAACCUGUGUCAUCUCCCCUGCCUUCCGCGAGCGCUACCUAUCAAAUCCCGAAGAUCCUGAGGCAUUCGAAGGCUCGGUUGUCGUUUUUGAUGGGCCGGAAGAGUACCACAGCCGUAUCGAGAACAUGCCAGAGAUCGACGACAAGACCGUCUUGAUCAUGCGUGGUGUUGGUCCACUUGGAUACCCCGGUGCAGCCGAGGUCGUCAACAUGCACCCACCAGCCCGACUCCUGAAGCAAGGAGUUGACGCCUUGUUUUGCAUUGGCGAUGGUCGUCAGUCUGGCACGUCAGGGUCUCCCUCCAUUCUCAAUGCUAGUCCCGAGGCUGCCGCGGGGGGUAAUCUUGCUAUUCUCAGAAAUGGCGAUAAGAUUCGCAUCGACUUGCCGAAGAGACGAGUCGAUAUCCUCAUUAGCGACGAGGAAAUCCAACAGCGGAGGAAGGAGGUAUUCUCGAAGGAGUAUCCAUUGGUCCCCAGUGGCACGCCCUGGCAAGAGAUCUUCCGUCAGGAAACGGAUCAAUUGUCUAGCGGCAUGGUGUUGAAGAAGGCUGUAAAAUACCAACGUCUGGCGCAGACGAACGGUCCACCCAGGCACAACCAUUGA